CCUAUACGAUUUAUGACAUCUCAUCCUUUAACAUAGUGUCGGUUUGCUCUUCUUUAUGAAAUAUGUUGGUUAAAUACACAUUGGACAAACUUUGUUCGACCAAUAAAGAAACACCGAAUGUGAUGCACGCGCAAUAAACGACCAAUCGUUUAAUAAAAGGGUUAUGUCAGUUUAAAAUGAGCCACGAAUGAAUGCAAAGUAAACGUGCUCGACGAGAAAAAAAAAGGCAACAUCUGUAUCCGCUAUGGAUGGAGUCGGUAUAAAGGCUAAACUUGACGCUUAUCGACGCAAAAAACGCAAAGAAGAAAUGACAGAGUUUAUUAAGAAUGCGAUACAAACUGUCUUACCGUGGAAUGGAAAUAAAACGAUUAAACACACUCCUUUGGUUGCACAGUCAAACGAUAUCGAGGAUGUCCAGGAUACGGAAAGCACCUGUUCUGAUGACAGUCUUGAUCAAUCACAAUGUACAAUGCUAACUAAAGUAACAUAUCUACUUUAUUUCCUCCUAUGGGCUGCCUUAUAUAUAAUUGCAAUUGAAUAUGAAUUUGGAGCAGUAUAUUUUGUCGUAUCUAUAUUAGUAUUCAUUUGCUUAAAUACCAGGUCUAAACCAAAAAAACCAGGUGAACUUAGUGCCUAUUCUGUAUUUAAUCCAGACUGCAAAGCUAUUGAAGGAACACUUGAUGCUUCACAAUUUGAAAGAGAAAUUCGAUAUGGUAUAGGAAGUGUACAUUAAUUUAAGUUGUGAAACAUUUAAAUUGAUCUUAUUUAU